UGGUCAAGUACCGAUGGAUGGACGAGCGAUAACCUGCUGCCACCUCCAGCUAUACAAUCACCUAAAUCCAUCCUACUGCUGUGUUUUUGAUAACAAGAUUCAUGUCAUCCAUCUGUGAGGAAAUAAAAGUCAUCAUCCUCAGAACUUUACCCAACCUGUCUGAGGAUAUUGUACAACUGGUCGUCUCAACACUGAAACUCUCAGGUGUGGAAUCAAAAGCAGACCUCAAGUAUGUACAGCAGGAUGAGAUCAAAGACCUCUUGCCUGUUAUCCAGCAAAGGAAACUUCUGGAGGCAUUCAAAAUGGAAACUACAACAGUCGUGCUUGAUCUCCACCCCUUGCCAGAUGACUUGGUACAUCAAAAGUCUGCAGGCGGAAGUCUGUCUUUGUUCUCCAGUCCAUUGCCUUGCUCCUCUUCAUCUUCACUACCUGGCUUUUCGCCCUUGUCAAGCUCUUCACCAGCUUCAGCACCUCCUGAGAUCGACGUCUGCCACUGCAGCCGAUGUGGAGCGGACACUGACCCUCCCGACCAGUCCACGACUGAUACUGCUGGAUGGGGAGUUGACUCUUCGUAUCAUCCAGCUGUUGAUGGCCUAUUUUGAUGAAAGAAAAGAUGCACUGAUACUCCUUGCAGAUAUGUCUGCCACUGCAGCCGAUGUGGAGCGGACACUGACCCUCCCGACCAGUCCACGACUGAUACUGCUGGUUGCUGGUGACAAAGUCACAAUAAAACGUUGGAUGAUCAGCAUGGAAGGUGAUGUCAUCUGCGAAGGCGUCCAACCUAGCUUCAUCUCAGGGCUUGCUGCCCUUCUUGCCACCUACUAUGUGUUCAACUUGGAAUACCAAGAGGAAGGUGCUUGGACAUUGGAAUUUGUUCAAAGGGACCGAAGCACCAGUUUGACUCUAGGAUACAGAGAAGGUAGGUAAUGUGCAGGUAAAGAUAUGUUGACUGGGUCAAAGAAGGAAGCACCUGUUUGACCCCAGGAUGCAGAAAAAGUAGGUAAUUUGCAGGUAAAGAUAUGUUGACUGGGUGAUGGCAGGAAGCACCAGCGUGACCCGAGGAUGCAGAGCAAGUAGGUAAUGUGCGGGUGAAGAUAUGUUGAAUGGGUAAAGGCAGGAAGCACCAGCGUGACCCCACUAUGCAGAGAAGGUAGGUAAUGUGCAGGUGAAGGUAUGUUGAAUGGGUGAAAGAAGGAAGCGCCUGUGUGGUCGAGGCAAUGCAGACACGGUAGGUAAUGUGCAGGUGAAGAUAUGUUGUAUGGUGAAAGAAAGAAGCACCAGUGUGAUCCCAGGACACAGAGAAGGUAGGUAAUGUGCAGGUAAAGAUAUGUUGAAUGGGUAAAGGCAGAAAGCACCAGCGUGACCACACUAUGCAGAGAAGGUAGGUAAUGUGCAGGUAAAGAUAUGUUGAAUGGGUAAAGGCAGGAAACACCAGUGUGACCCCAGGAUGCAGAGAAGAUAGGUAAUGAGCAGGUAAUGAUUUGUUAAAUGGGUGAAAGCAGGAAACAUCAGCGUAAAUACACGGUCCCGUAGAUGGAGAGAAAACACAUAAAUAGAGAGAGGGAUUGGGGAGGCUUUAGCAUUGUCUUCCUCUCUGAAUUUGUCUUAAUGGGGUUUAGAGCAUUCACUCAUCUACAGCUGUGGUUAUUAUUUAGGCUCACAUAUAUCCUAAAAUUGAUAUGAAUAUUUGUGCAGUGCAUAUUCCUAAAUUAACAAUGUGAGGGGAGUUCUGUAAGUAAUUUUCAAUCACAACAGAAUAUCUAAUAUGCUUUCUCUCUUUUUUAGGCGAUUCAUUGGCGUUAACCCUGAGAGGGGAACAAAGACUAUCCAGGGAAAGGUGGUGUCCAAGAAGACCGGGAAGCUGGUCCAGAAAAUGGCAGCAACUGUAAAUCCUCACGUAGCCACCCUUAUAAAACAUCUCACAGACUUUGAGUGGGGCUUUAUGUAGCCGACAACUAAACACUGGACUCGUGUUCAGUGUUUUGUCUCCAGUUUGAAAUUAAGUUGACAUGUUCUAAAUGUUAAAUUGCUUUACUGAAAAUAAGAA